GCCAACAUGAAGCUCCUGGUCUUAGUAUUCGUGGCUGCCGUGUCUGCUGCCCCAUUGGACUACGACCUGCUACCACCCUCUGACCUGGGACCUGAUCCGAUCAUCGUGCCUCCUCCACAGGAAGAGCAGCUCGUGUACUUCCUCAACAGACAAACGGAGCAAGACCAGAGAGUGAUCGAAGUGCCAGCACCGCCGCCGACGGAGCCCGAAGUAGUUUUCGUGAACUAUGAAGAAGGCGAGAACCCGAUCCUUCCCACCGGGGAAGACCUCCACUCGGCACUGAGUACGGCUUCUCAUGGCGUCGGGCACGUUGUGGAGAAUGGAGGAAUCGGAGGUGGAAUCAGUGGUAUCGAUAGUGGAAUUGGAUAUUCUACUGGGUACAGUUUCGCACAAAGUGCUGGUCCUGCUUUCGGAGACAAUUUUGGCAUCGAUAUUGGAAAUUACAAUCUUCCCAUAAGUGAUUACUCUACCCCUACAAAUCAUCACUCUACUCACACGAGUCAUUUUUCUAGCCCAAUAAGUCACUACUCAACCCCUGCAAAUCAUUACACUACCUCUAGUCUCUACACCACUCCAUAGAGAUAAUUCUAUUAAUAGCUGAUAUGGACUGCAGUGAUAAGGUUUAACACAGUUCUACAUAUGUACACUGACAUGCAUUAUACAUGCAGAUUUUAUAUUCACAUACUACGAAAAUAUAUAGUGGUUCCUUUUUAGUUAUUUCCUUCAUAUUACCCUACCCACGCAUUGGAAGAGUAGCAUGCAUGAUAUACAUUUAGUAGCCGUAUCGAUCAUCAUGUCUCUACAUACAUUUAUACAUUGAAAAUAAUAAUGAAAGCAGUGAUGAUAAUAAUGGCCUUCGGCAUGUUACAAGUAUUUACUGAUGCACCUUUUCCGGUAUGGAACUAUGAUUUUUUACGUCAUA